AAGACCGAACCGCCAAGGUCUAUUAAAAUGAAUAAUCAUUUUAAUCCUUCUUGAACUUAUGCUUCUUAGAUAGCUGAUAUGCCUAUUUCAUCAAUCCUAUACGUUUUUCUCCUCUUCUCUCUGUCGUUUCAAUGCUCUUCAUCAUUAUCAUCCCUGAGCAAUGGCUUCUCCCUCUCGGUGGAGAAACCAGAAGAUGUUAUUAUCUCCCAAAAUGGCAUCUUCUCUGCCGGCUUCUAUGCCAUCGUCAACAGUACAAACGCCUAUGUUUUUGCCAUCUGGUUCACCCAAAAACGCACCGUCGUUUGGAUGGCAAACCGUGACCAACCCGUCAGCGGAAACCGGUCAUCACUUUCCCUCCUCAAAGCCGGAAACCUUGUCCUCUCUGAUGCUGGACAGUUUAACGUGUGGUCCACCGACACUGCCUCGUCGUUGCCUUUGCCAACACGACUGAAUCUUACCGACAAUGGAAAUCUAGUACUUUACGAGCUCCAGCCUCAAGGAAGAAGAAAUAUUCUGUGGCAGAGCUUCCGUUACCCGACCGACACCCUGCUUCCCGGACAACAGCUCACAAGAUAUACAAAGCUUGUCUCUGCAAGAAGUGAGACCAACCAAUCUUCUGGAUUCUACAAGCUUGUCUUCAAUGAUGAAAACAUUCUCAGCCUUUUGUACGACGGCCCCGAUGUCUCCAGCAGAUACUGGCCUUCCCCAUGGCUUGUGAGCUGGGAAGCUGGAAGGAGCACCUACAAUAGUAGUAGAAUCGCAGAGUUAGAUUCACUUGGAGGUUUCACUUCAACAGACAAGUAUGACUUCAGAACUUCAGAUUAUGGGGUGGCGAUACAAAGGAGAUUGAAAAUAGAUUCUGAUGGCAACGUUCGAGUUUACAGCCUACAGAAUAAUCACUGGCAGGUGACGUGGCAAGCCAUAUCUGAUCCUUGUAUUGUACAUGGACUUUGUGGUGCUAACAGCACAUGCAAGUAUGAUCCGAGACAGGGAAGGAAGUGCUCGUGUCUUCCGGGAUAUAGAGUGAAGAACCUUAGCGAUUGGUCUUAUGGGUGUGAACCUAAAUUUCAAGUCUCAUGCAGUAAAAACGAGUCUACCUUCUUAAAAUUGUUCAAUGUUGAGCUAUAUGGGUAUGACUUUAAUUUUGUGAGCAACAUCACUUUAAGUGGCUGUAAGGAUGAAUGCUUAAAAGAUUGUGAGUGCAAGGCGGUUCAGUACACAUUUGACCUGCAGGAAGGCACAUUUAAAUGCUAUACGAAGAUAAUGCUGCUCAAUGGUCACCAUUCACCGAGCUUCAGAGGAAACUUGUACUUAAGAGUACCAAAAACCCGAAGAACCAAUGCUUCUUUCCUUGAAGAAGAAGAAUUUGUCCAAGGACAUGGUCAUGUUUGCUCGGUGGAGCUUGAAAGAGCGUAUACCAAGAGACACGUAAGCAGUUUUGUAAAGUUUUUUCUUUGGUUUUCCGUGGCAAUUGGGGUGUUCGAAUUCCUCUUCGUUUUCGUAAGUUGGUGUUCUUUGAUCAGAACCAAACACAAUUCUGGUGGAAAUCAACAAGGGUACAAUUUUCUCUCUCCUCUUGGGUUCAAAAGAUUUACUUACUCCGAACUGAAACAAGCAACGAAAGGGUUCACAGAAGAAAUUGGAAGAGGCUCAAGUGGAAUAGUGUACAAAGGAGUAUUGCCAGAUCAGCGAAUCGCAGCAAUAAAGAAGCUGAAUAAUAACAUCAUAGGAGCCACACAAGAAGAAGGAGAAUUCCUGGCCGAAGUGAGCAUAAUCGGUAGGCUUAACCACAUGAACUUGAUCGAAAUGUGGGGCUAUUGUGCUGAGGGAAAGCAUAGGCUUUUAGUGUAUCAAUUCAUGGAAAACAGUUCUUUAGCUGAAAAGCUUAAGUCAAAUGUUUUGGAUUGGACCAGGAGAUACAACAUCGCUCUUGGAAUAGCAAGGGUCUUAGCAUACUUACACGAAGAAUGCUUGGAGUGGAUUCUUCACUGUGACAUAAAGCCACAUAAUAUUCUUCUGGAUUCAAAUUACCAACCCAGGGUGGCAGAUUUUGGCUUAUCUAAGCUUCUAAAUCGAAGUGACCGAAACACUCAAAGCUUCUCCAUGAUAAGAGGAACAAGAGGAUAUAUGGCUCCUGAGUGGGUUUUCAAUCUGCCAAUAACAUCAAAAGUUGAUGUUUACAGUUAUGGGAUUGUUGUGUUGGAGAUGAUAACUGGAAGAAGCCCAACGAUGAUGGGAAUUCAGAGUGAUAAAGGAGAAGACGCACACAACGGGAGGCUUGUGACGUGGGUGAGAGAGAAGAGGAAGAAAACGACGUCGCGGGGCUGGGUGGAGCAGAUAAUCGAUCCUGCCAUUAUUUCAGAGUAUGGGGUUGAAAAGCGAAAGAUGGAGAUUUUGGCAGAAGUAGCAUUGGAGUGUGUGGAAGAUGACAGGGAUGCAAGGCCCACCAUGAGCCAAGUUGUUGAUAUGCUGCAGAGCCACGAAGACGAUGCUUCUUAGUCGUUACUUGAAAUCUCUUCACUGACAUUGCAUCAUUGUGAACAGUAAUUUAAAAAUCGGAUUGAAUCGGACUAUUAGACUAUCAA